UUUGUUUGGCGUCAGAACAUUGUUUUUAGAUAACACCUUUUGCCUAUUUGACAACGUUUUCGCAAUUUACAAAAUUUCGAUACUUUUGAAGACUGAAAAAUCAUUGGGAAUCAACUCUGUUCAAGUUCGUUUCUUUCAAGAAAAACUUAAUCUGGGUCGUGCUUUCUUCCCCUAGUUGACGCUUAUACGCAACAAGAAUGAGCAAGAACUGGAAAUUCAGCUACUUGAGGGAUCAUGAUGGAUUUUUGUGCCUUCUAGCGUUUUGUUUGUUGUUUCAGAGUAUUGUUUUGAGUUGCUCUUUGAAUGAAGAAGGUAAAGCUCUUAUGAAGUUGAAGCAAGGAAUAGUGAGUGACCCUUUUGAUGCUUUGUCAAAUUGGGUUGAUGAUGAAGUAGCUGUUGACCCUUGUAAUUGGUUUGGAGUUGAGUGCUCAGAUGGAAGAGUGGUGAUCUUGAAUUUGAAAGACCUUUGUCUUGGAGGCAGUCUGGCACCUGAGCUUGAGAAACUUGUUCAUAUAAAGUCCAUAAUUUUACGGAACAAUUCUUUUUAUGGGAUCAUUCCUGAAGGAAUUGUACACUUGAAUGAAUUGGAGGUUUUGGAUUUGGGCUACAACAACUUCAGUGGAACUCUACCUACAGAUCUUGGCAGUAAUAUUUCACUAACAAUACUUUUGCUGGACAAUAAUGAUCUUCUUGAUGGUAUCUCUCCGGAAAUUAAUGAAUUGAAGAUGCUUUCUGAAUGUCAAGUAGAUGAAAACCAGCUUAUUAGUUCAGAUAAAAUGCCAGGUUGUACAGGAAGAUCCAUCACACGGCAUGUUGGCCAAAAUAAAAAGGGUCUUCGGAGCCUACUGCAAACUCCUAUUCGUGAAAAUCCUUAUAAUCGUGAAGAUACACAUAAUCGUGCAGCUGCUCCACUUCCCGAAAGCCCUUCUCCAUCUCAGCCAGAGCCUCCUUCGGCUUCCCCUCUGCCAGAUCCUCCUUCGACUUCCCCAUCUGCCUCAGCAACACCACAACUGAAGCCACCUUCCCCUGAUCAAAAUAAUUCUGCUUCUUCUCCCCUACCGACCCCUGGCUCUGCAACACGAUCUGAAAGUACCUCAUCAAACCAUCGAAUUGCUAUUUUGGCUGGAGUUGGGGGUGGUGCUGUAUUUAUUCUCAUUUCAAGCAUUGGCAUGUAUCUCUGUAAAACCAACAAGGUAUCUACCGUAAAACCUUGGGCCACGGGAUUAAGUGGACAGCUUCAGAAGGCAUUUGUGACAGGUGUGCCAAAGCUAAAGAGAUCAGAGCUUGAAGCAGCAUGUGAGGAUUUCAGUAAUGUAAUUGGUACUUCAUCCAUUGGUACAGUUUACAAAGGGACUUUAUCUAGCGGUGUUGAAAUAGCUGUGGCCUCUGUUACAGAGGCAUCAUCCAAAAAUUGGUCAAAGACUUCAGAAGUUCAAUUUAGGAAGAAGAUAGAUACAUUAUCAAAAGUGAACCACAAGAAUUUUGUAAAUCUUCUUGGAUAUUGUGAAGAAGAUGAUGAGCCUUUUACCAGAAUGGUGGUUUUUGAAUAUGCCCCAAAUGGAACACUCUUUGAGCAUCUACACAUACAAGAAGCUGAGCACUUGAAUUGGGAAACAAGACUUAGAGUUGCUAUGGGCACGGCUUAUUGCCUGCAACAUAUGCACCAGUUGGACCCUCCUUUGGCCCAUAGUAACCUGAAUUCUUCAUCUGUACAGCUCACUGAUGAUUAUGCUGCGAAAAUCUCGGAUUUAAAUUUCUUAGCUUCAGCUGAGAUAAUAAAAGCUGCUGCUAAAAAACACACUGACAUGACAUUAUCAAGUAAUGUUUACAGCUUUGGUGUUAUAUUAUUUGAAAUGGUAACAGGCAGGCUCCCUUAUUCAAUGGAUAGUCAUGGCUCAAUUGAAGACUGGGCUUCACACUAUUUACAAGGGGAUAGGCCCCUCAAGGAAAUGGUGGAUCCAACUCUAUCUUCCUUCAAAGAAGAACAACUGGAACAAGUUGCUACUUUGAUUAAAUCUUGUGUCCAUCCUGAUAAAGAGAAGAGACCAACAAUGAAAGAUGUUAGUAUGAGAUUAAGAGAGAUAACAAAAAUAACACCUGAAGCAGCUGUUCCAAAACUUUCUCCACUUUGGUGGGCAGAGAUUGAGAUUUCUUCUUUAGAUGCAAGCUGAAAUCAGUAAAUCAGACACUUAAGUAUGGAGUUUUCUCCAUUCUUAUCCUUUUUUCCAUUGGUGAAGGCGCAAAAAGGUACCCACCUGUAGAUUGAUACCUCUUGUAUCUAAUGUGGGAGAGUGACAAAUCACAUGUACAUAAGGAUAAGUUAAACAAAAUGUGAAUUUUUUUUUGGGUGCUUCUUUAAUUAUGGUCUAUGGAAUUGCACUAGCAAAAAAAGGUGCCCCAUAUCAGUUUAUUUGGUGAAUUAAAGAUAUUUUUAAUUAUAUUUUGUGCUGUUACUACCCUUUGCUC